GCCCUUGAGUUCAAGCAUGAUAUGGAUUUGAUGUUCCAUAACUGUUUCAAGUUCAACCCUCAUGACAACGUCGUGAAUCAGAUGGGAAGAGACUUCCAGUCUGCGUUCGCAUCUCUGUGGUCCAAGAAAGACGCCUGGAUAAAUCAUUAUAACGAUCUCGAGUCAAACACCACGUCAAUUGCUACGCUCAUAAAACAGGUCGAGAAAAAUCUUUUCGCCACACACGGUGAACCGAAGAAAUCAAAGGUUGUGUGUCUGAAGGUCGCGCAGAAAGACAAGCUGCAGGAGAUUCUGAAACGACCACCAGGAAAGCAAACCAACGAAAGGUCUGCAAUAAGCGCCAAUCAUCUCCUUGAAGUACCUGCUCCUGCCACCUCAGAGCCCUUCAGAUCACUGAAGCCAGCAGUCAAGCAAGUGGCUAAGAACUCACUCAGCCCCGAAAGCUUUGAAGUCAGGAUCGCUCGCCUGGAGAAGAUCAAAGCAGACGCCGAAGCGGCCGAUAAGAAAACCAGAGCAAAAGCCGAAGCAAAACUCGCUGCCAACAAGAAAAUCAUCGAAGACGCCGAGGCCGAAAUUGCCGUCAGCAAGAAGAGAAAGACACUGGAGGAGGAGAACACAGUCCUGGAACUGGAAAGAGGAGAACUCAGUAGGAAGCUCAGCGAGAAGAGGGCCGAACGCGAUGAUGCCGGCAAAGAGCUCGAGAAGAUCAAAAAGAAGGUUUCGACUCUUGAUCAAGAGAUCGAAAGCAUGCGCACGAGGGAUGUCGAGGCUAACAACGAGCAAAACAGCAUCCGGGCGAAGAUCAAAAAGAUUUGAGAAGAUUCAAAAGGCUCGACAAGAGUGACUAGCUCGCUGCUUGAAAUAGGAAGAGUUCCAGCAGAACAUUUUUUGAUCAGUGAGCCCCUCAAGUCCGUCGUCAAC